AUGGCUGACAUAUUGCCGGAAUGUCUCGUUCAAAAAAUACUCAGUUUUCUUCCUAGUUAUAAUCAAGCAUCCAAGAUGAGUAUUCUCUCCAAAACAUGGCUGCAAGCAUGGUCGACUCUUCCCAACUUGAAAUUCUUUUUAUUUUGUUGGGAAGGCUGGGAAAGCCGUACAAAGAUAGUGGACACAAUCAUGGAGAGAUAUGGGAAGGGGAAAAUUCCUAUAGAAAAGUUUGAAUUAUCAGAGAUUUUUGUUGAUUCUCUCCAACUUUUCCCUAUGGUUGAUAAGUGGCUUCUGAUUGCACUUCAGAAUAGUGUAAAAGAACUUGUACUCCACUUUAAAUCAUACCCGGCGCCUAUUUUAACAAUCUUGGCAGCCAAAUCUUUAAGAGAAUUGGUUCUGCACGAUUGUACUCUUAUGCCUGUUUCAUUAUCUUGUGGGGUUGUGAAUUCCAAUUCUUUGAGAAAGCUUUCUCUAUCUAAUGUAACAUUAGACGAAAACAUGCUUCAGACUCUACUUAAUAGCUGUCCCUUGAUUGUCUCUUUCAUCGUUGAGAAUUGUUCGGGACUGAAUGUUCUUAAGAUCAAAGCGGAUUCACUGAAGGUCUUGAAGAUUAUACAAUAUUGCAAUAUAUGUAACAUUGAUGCUCCAAAUUUGGUAUCCCUUGACUAUAAAGGGUAUGAAAUUCCUGAACUUAACAUUGCAAGAGAAUCAAAAAUCAUUCUUCAUUGUCUCCUCAGUUUAAAUACGGCAUGGUUUUAUUUGCAAAUGGACCACAUAGGUUCUAGUGGAGGGGUGGACGUUUUAAAUCUCAAUAUGCUACUGAUGGAUGAAAUUAUAGAGUGCCCAACUUUUGUGGAUGCUUUGCUAUGGAGUUGUCAUCCUGAGAGACUCAACUUAAUCUCAAUUGAUAUUGAAACAGUUACACGUUUAAUUGAUCGGUUAAUGUAUAUGAAGAAUUCGAGUCAUUCUACAUAUUGUCAUGGUUGGAAUAAUCAAUUAAAAGAAAUAAAAGCUUUUGAUGGAAAAAAUCAGUUGCUGCAACUAGGAAGUGAGGAGCUUGCAAAAAGGAUUACGGAGGGGGAGAAACCUUAUUUUAUAUUAGAUUGGUGA